CGCUGAUGUCACAGGCGCGCCGGGGGCCAUGGCGGCGGCGGGGCCCUGUGGGCGGCCGCUGCAGCUCACGCUGGCUCUGCUGAAGCCGGACGCCGUGGCCCACCCGCUGGUGCUGGAGGCCGUACACGAAACCAUUCUGAGCAACCGGUUCCUCAUAGUGCGCGCCAAGAAGCUGCGCUGCGGGCGGGAGGAGAGCCGCCGGUUUUACCGGGAGCACGCGGGGCGGUUCUUCUACCAGCGGCUGGUGGAGUUCAUGGCCAGUGGCCCCAUGUGGGCUUACAUCUUGGCCCAUGAGAAUGCUGUUCCGCUCUGGAGAUCCCUGAUGGGACCCACCAAAGUAUUCCGAGCCCGAAACAGCGUCCCAGACUCCAUUCGAGGAGCUUAUGGCCUCACUGACACGAGGAAUACCACUCAUGGAUCAGAUUCACCAGCAUCAGCCAGCAGAGAAAUUGCCUUUUUCUUCCCAGAGUUCAAUGAGCAGCUCUGGUACCAGCAGGAAGAGCCACGUCUGCGGCAAGGGCAGGUGUAUUACAAUGCAGAGGAGCGUGUCCACUGUGUUCAGGGAUGAAGAGACAAGAGUUGACCUGAGUUACCCCGGGGGUAUGGCUUGCUGAGCUGGGAGUAGCUGCUAGACACACUGUGUCAGCCUCAUAGCAAGACAUAGAGCCAUGGCAUGUUUUAAGGAGCGUGGGGGAGAGAAAGACCUAGUGCACAUCAUGUUGUGUGACCUGGAGUUAAUGUUGUUCAUGCAGCAUCCAGGCACUGGGGCAGUUUAGGCAAAAACUCAAGUAGCAGUACUCCAUCUGGAUGUAGAGAUCUAGCCAUGGAGUUCACUGGUCCCUGGUGUUUAUUUAGACAUAAGCGGUACAGGUGAGUCCAGCAACAGGGCACAUGAAAGGGGUUGCUAGUUCCAGUUAGGAUAUGGUUUGUUUUGCUGAUGGUAGUCCUCAGAGUCUUACUAUUUGCUCUGUUCCCAGAGUCCCGUAAGGAGAAAAGAGAGGGAAAAGAAUAUGAAAAAAGGCAUCAAUAAGCAGGGUAAUACUAACUCUCCUGUCCUUGCUUUCCUGAAUCCAAGCUGAAAAACAAGGUUCUCUCCAGUUUUGUACCAUAAUUCUGAUCUUGAGCUUCUGGUGGAGGGCACAGUUAGAAGCCAUUCCCAAGAGGAAAGCAGCGUAUCCCAUUGGGUUGACUUGGGCUGGGCUGACAAGUCUGCAGCACGAGUUCUAGGGGAAGAUGCAGAAAGGUGUGGAAUACUCCAGUGACUCUGAAGGAUCUUUUGUUUGUGCUUUUUAGAUUGCCUGGGGGAUGAGAUCUGCAGUUCUGAUGAGACUUGAUAGUGGCCAUUAAAGCUAUGGAUUUCUCAAGUCCAUAAUAAAAGGCCAGAGAAGCUGAUCUGAAUGCUGGUACACAGGGGCUGUAGAAUUUCUGCCGGGCAAUUUCUUUACAAGAGACUUCAUUGCCUAUACUCUUACUGGGCAUUAAAGUACUGAGUUCCAUGUCCUUUGUAAAUUAUAUGGACAAAGUCACUUUGUUAUGCAAUGAUUGAUACAGUUAUCAUAUCCUGGUGUGUGAGGACUUGGUUUUGAGGUACAGAGCAAGGUUCUGGUAUGCUUAUUUAUGUUUCCCUGUUUGGUGCAUUUUGAGCUCUCUUCUGUACCAGUUUUUAAUCCAUUUAAACUGCUCCAGAUUGCAGUUACAAUGCUGAUAUUUUUAAUUAA